AUGGCACUUAAAAGAACAAAAGAUCGUAAGAGAAGAAAGAUGGAUAGUAGUGAGAGUGAAAGCAGUGAAAGUGAAAGUAGUAGCAGUAGUGAUAGUGAUAAUGAUGACAACAGUGAUAAUAACAGCAAUAAUAGCAAUAGUGAAAGUAGUAGUGAAAGUGAAAGUGAAAGUGAGAAGAGUGAGAGUGAAAGUGAAGACUCUUCUUCUUCUUCCUCCUCUGACUCUGACAAAAAGAAGAAACCAAUAGAGCAAAUUAGAAAGAAAAGAAAAGCACUACCACCAUUACUUCUUGCCUCAACGUCUAAAACUUAUUAUGCGGUGGAUGAUGAAGAUGAUGAUGAUGAUGAAGAUGAAAUGGAUCAAGAUGAUGACGACUCUGACUAUAUAUUUGGAUCUGGAGAUGAAGGAAAAAAGGAAAAGUCAACAACUCCAUCCGUUUUCAAUCUAAAACUAAAGAGAGAAUCAUUAACUCGUGGUCAAUACACUGUUGGAGAAUUAAAGGAUUUCUGUAAAAAGUACCAUUUAAAGAUGUCUGGAAACAAGGGUACGUUGCAAGACCGAUUGGUUGAAUACUUGAACGACCAGGAAAAAAGUGGAAUUAUCAAUAUUGAUUCGUCAGAUGAUGAAGCGGUCCGUAAAAGAAAGAAAAGAGAGCCUAAAAUGACAGUUGGUUCACUUAGUAACAAACCAGUGUACCAACUCAAAUUGUUGGCUGAACGAUUUGGAUUGUCGUUUAGACCGGGUAUGAUUAAAAAGGAUUUGGUGUUGAUGUUGGUCAAGAGUGGAGGUGUGGAACCCAAGGAACAAGCCAAGGAGGGAACCAAGUUGAUGGACGACUACCAUCGUGGAACGGUAAACUAUGCACUAGCACCGGUUUUAAUCGCACAAAUACUCAGAUACGCGUUCAACUCGGUCGCAGAGAUUGACCAAGAAGACGAAACUUACUUUUUCCGUUGGAAGUUGUCAUUGUCGACUCUAUGUAAAUGGGCACACAAGGUGAUGGUAUCGGGCACGUUUUUCAACUCGUUGUCUUUGGCUCGAAACCGUUCCAUUCAAGCUUACAAACCAAACACACUCGAGAUGCCACUCUACAAACAUUUUGUCAAUGCAUUUUGUCUGCUCAAGAAUAUUGUGACGUUGGAUUUGUUGGACGGCGACUUUAUAUCGUUGUUUGGAGAACGUCGUACUUCGACGAGCUAUAGUCGUUACGGAAACGAUAGUAAACGAACCUCGACCGACAUUCAAAAAGAGUUGUUUGAUAAUUUACGCCAUCUAACUGUACACGAGUCACCAUUGUUGCUGUCGACAUCCUUUGCAACCAUUCCACAUCUUAUCGGAUUGCAGUCGUUUACCUAUGUCAAGAACAAAACACAUCGUCAAAAGAAUGAGUUUUCUUGGUCUUCUCAGUUUUGUAAAUCAGCCCAACACUUUGAGUUGUAUGAUUUGCGCGAUCUCUAUCUAAAGGAUUUCGUCAACAUCGAAUCGUUGUGUUGGACGCCUUCCAAAUCCAGUCACGAUCGUGACUACCAAGUCAUGAGACACCUGUUCACUGUCAACAAACCUGCCAUCACCAAGAUUGGCAUCAAAAGCCCACUACUGUCCUCUGAAGGGCCAGUACAUGCUCCUUGGGGAAUAUCAACAAACCAACAACCUGCCAUUGACAUGGUUGUCCAAGAACUCAAAGAAAAUGACCCAACCCUGACUCUUGAAAAGCUUGAAUCAAAUGCUCGUACAAUUGUUAUGGAUUGUCUUAAAACCAAAAAUUUACCAAUUGAAAGUUGGAGAGCACCUUUUAUUAAAGGAGUUAUUUCAGGGUAUGGAAGUGUAGAUUUUAAUCCAACUAGUUCAUUUUUCAAGAUUUUACAAAUACCAACCAUCAAUCAUUUGGUUCUUGGAUUUAUCAACCAUGACUAUGCAGAAGCAAUCAACCAAGCACCCAACAUCGACACAUUUGAAUAUUUAGUCAUCAUCAAUGAUAAUUCCAAAUUCAAAUCCCUUCUUUCACAAUUAAAUGAUUAUGUACCAUUUUAUAAACAAUAUACUACUCAACAUCAACACCAAAACUAUAUUAAUGAUGAUAAUAAUAAUAAUAAUAAUGAUGAUGAUGAUGAAGAUGAAAAGGAAAAGAAAACAAAGAAAGGAACAAAAGGUAAAGGCAAAAAGGAAACAAAAUCAAAGAAAGAAACAAAAUCUAAAUCUAAAUCCAAAAUCCAAGGUGAUGUUUUAGCCAAUUCUCCCUAUGAAUUUGGUAGUAUUCAUUAUCAUGUUAGAAGUCAUAUUUUUAGAGAAAGUGUUUAUAAAAUCUAUUUACAAAAAAAAGCAUUCAAUAGUAAUAAUAACAAUAAUAAUAAUUAA